GUCUGCCUAAAUACAGGGAGAGCCUCCUCUUGAUCAGAAUCACUGUGUCUGGUUACUAACUGGCUGGCAGAGAAAUCAAACCCGUUUCCUCCAAAGGAUUUACUACAAAGCAAAACCUUGAGGGCAGCGAGAAAAUACCCCAAGAAAUACCCAAGCCCUCAAAUACAGUCUGAGUUGGACUAACAGGACGUGAACAGUAGACAGGCGACAGGCAGAGAGCCCCCUGACUGACUGAGCUUUUUGGAUCACACACACACACAUCUGCCAAGAUGUGGAAGAAGUCAAAGGUCACAGACCAGACGGCCACUGGCCAAGGAGGCCCUUCAGAGGCUGAACAGGAAGAAGAGAAAAAAGCUGGCAUCAAGAAGAGGUCCAAGGUCCCUGGGGUCAUGAUCACGCAGUUUAUAGAGGUUCUACCAGAGGGCAAGAGCACCCCAGACUUCCUUCGCAAACCCAUCGCUCUAACCAUUCAAGAGGGUAAAUUAGCAAUUUUCAAAGCCAAUGUGUGUGGUGAUCCCAAACCAGAGGUGACAUGGGGAAGAGCUAAGGGGGAUAUGUCAGACAGAGAAAGAUUUCAAAAGAAAUAUGAUGAAGCUACUGGUGAAUACACUUUAGAGAUUCACAGAGUGUCUGGAGAGGAGGCAGACACUUACAAAUGCUAUGCUAUCAAUGAAUAUGGCAAGGCUAUUUGCACUGCAGCAUUGAAUGUGAUUGAGGUUGGAUUCAAGAAGAAGAGGGCCAUGGAGCAGUUAGAAGACAUAGGUUCAGUAGAUCCAGCCGAGUUCAGGAAAUUGCUCAGAAAAAGGAAGGGAGUGGACAAACAGGAAGCUGUGAAAGAACCUGGAGAAAUCGAUGAAAGGUUCUGGGAAAUCAUCAUGAGUGCAGACAGGAAGGACUAUGAACGAAUCUGCGCUGAGUUUGGUGUCAAAGACUUCCGUGUGAUGCUGAAGAAACUCAGUGAGAAGAAAAAGGAGAGACAGGAGGAACAGGCCAAGUAUAUUGAGACCAUCAAUAACCUGAAACAUAUUGAUAUUAAAGGAGUAGGCAUUGCUUCGUUUGAGUUUGACCUUGAGCUCAAAGACCCCGCCAGUAGGAUUUUCCUCUACAAGGAUGGUGUAAUGAUUCCCUAUAGUGAUGAAGAAGAAAUGAAACACAGCUUAAAGACUGUUGGGAAGAAGUUAAUCUUCAGUGUGCGGGACCUUAAGGCAGAGGAUGCUGGGCUCUAUCAGGUGGAUGUCGAGGAGGUCAAUCUCUUCUCUACAGACUUCAGGAUUCCCACAGUGGAUUUCAUUGUCAAGAUCCAAGAGGUGAAGGCCAAAGAGAGAGAGGAUGCUAUGUUUGAGUGUGUGCUGUCACAUCCCUGGCCCAGAAUCAAAUGGAUGGGCAAGAAUGCCACUCUGGAGGAGGGAGAGAAAUACACAAUAACUGUGUCAGAAGACAAGCUGAUCCACAGACUGCUAAUAAAGGACUGUAGCCAGCUGGACAAGGGCAUCUACUCUGCUGCGGCAGGAAUCAAGACAUGCAGUGCCUGGCUGAUAGUGGAAGCUGACAGCGAUCCUGCUUCCCAUGGUAAAAAGAAGACCCGUAAAACAACCCAGGCUGGUGGAACAGGGUUGGAUCUGGGGAAACUGGCUCAAGAGCAGCAGGAAAAACUGGCGAAGGAAAGGCAGGAGCAGAUCGACGCUGCAAACAAGGCCAGAGCAGAGGAGGAGAGGCUUGCCCGAGAGGCACUCCUGGCUCCCCCUCCUGAUACUGGGGAUGGAGACAGUGGGGAAGAUGGAGACAGUGGGGAAGGCAAAGACACCGGAGAUGGAAAAAACAAGUCUAAAAGUGGAUCAAACAAAUCCAAAGAUGUUGGCAAAUCAGUUGGCGAGUCAGUUGGCAAAUCAGUUGGCGAGUCAAUUGGCAAAUCAGUUGGCAAAUCAGUUGGCGAGUCAAUUGGCAAAUCAGUUGGCAAAUCAGUUGGCGAAAUGAAAGACUCUGAAAAGGAAGGAGAUGACAAGAAGAACAAGAAAUCCACUGAUGAUUCUGACAAAGUAUGUAAAAUCAAAGAUGCUGAGAAGGAAAGAGAUGACAAGAACAAGAAAUCCACUGAUGAUUCGGACAAAGGCAAAGAUCCCAAUGGGCAAAGUGGUACAGGAGAAACUGAGGAGUACACUGAUGCAUCUGGCAAGCGUUCAGAGUGCACAAGGCAAGGCCCACUGCUGAAGGACACAGUGAUUGAUCCCAAUGCUCAAAGUGGUACAGGAGAAACUGAGGAGUACACUGAUGCGUCUGGCAAGCGUUCAGAGCGCACAAGGCAAGGCCCACUGCUGAAGGACACAGUGAUUGAUCCAGGAGUUCAGUUUGUAAGCGGGUUGUCAAAUGUCCAUGCCCUCAUCGGCCAGCCUGCUGAACUGAUGUGUAAGCUGAGCAGUGAUAAUUGUGAAGGGGCCUGGUACAGAGAUAGCAAGAAGUUGACAGCAGACGAUGGACACAUAAUGUCCAGAGAUGGUGCAAGCCACAAGCUGGUCAUCAACCGUUGUCAGGAGGAAGACUCUGGAAAAUACCGCUUUGAGGCAGACGGACGUAAAACUGAGGCAAUGCUGAAUGUGGAAGACCCUCCCAGGUUUGACCCUGAUGACCUGUCUGCGUUCUGUCAGCCGGUCAUAGUCAAAGUGGGGAAUAGCACCACGUUCAAACUGCCCUUUGUGGGCCGCGAGCCCAUGAAGAUCCAGUGGUAUAGAAAAGGAGAGGAGCUCCUGGACGAUAACACCACCAAGAUAGAGAAAUCCUUCACCCAAAGCCGCCUGCUCCUCAGCAAGUGCCAGCGCAAAGACACUGGAGAGAUCAAGAUCAAGCUCAAGAACGAACAUGGUACCAUGGAGGCUAUCUCAAGACUCAUCGUCCUCGACAAACCCACCCCGCCCCAGGGCCCUGUGGAGGUCCUCGAGAGCACAGCCUCUUGUAUUCAUAUCAAAUGGAGAGCUCCAAAGGACGACGGUGGCUGCCCAGUAAUAAACUACAACCUGGAGCGCCAGCAAGUUGGCCGCAACACUUGGAAGAAGCUGGGGGACAUCCCUGGCGUGCCCGAAUACAAGGAUAACGACGUGGAACACGGCAGGAAGUAUUGCUAUCGUAUCAGGGUGGUCACCGAGGAGGGCGUCAGUGACAUGAUGGAGACUGAUGACCUCACAGCUGGCACCUUGGCCUUUCCUAGCAGCCCUGCCCCACCAAAAGUGGCUAGUGCUUUUAACAACUGCAUCAACCUGACAUGGUCUACCCCGACCGACACUGGCGGGUCUCGCAUCCUGGGCUACAACUUGGAAAAACGCAAGAAGGGGAGUAAUCUUUGGAGUCCUGUCAACCCUACAGAUGAGCCUAUCCAAGAAAAGAAACGUGCAGUGACAGAUGUUGUAGCAGGGAACGAAUAUGAGUUCAGAGUUUAUGCUAUCAACGUCUCUGGACUCAGCGAGCCCAGUUCCCCUUCAGAGUUUAUUUUCGCAAAGGACCCAAAGAAUCCCCCAGGGAAAGUGGAAGAUCUGAAAGUGGCAGACACAUCCUACACCGCCCUCUCCCUGUCCUGGAACAAACCCACAGAGGAAGUGGGGGUCCAGGAUGAGGCCAAAGGGUAUUUUAUAGAGGUCAGGCAGGCUGAGUGCAUAGACUGGACCCGCUGUAACGUCACCCCCAUCAUCUUGACCACUUUCACUGUGAAAAGCCUGAAGGCCAUGGCCAUGUACUGGGUCAGGGUGAUCGCUAUCAAUGACGGAGGAGAAGGAGUGCCCCAGGAUCUGGACAACUAUAUCCUGGCCAUGCCUCCACCUGUGAGACCAUGCUUCACCGAUAAUAAGAUGAAGAGUUUCGUGGUGGUGAGAGCUGGAAAUUCUGUCAGGAUCCUCUUAAACUUUGAGGCAUCCCCAUGGCCAGAAGUCACGUGGCUGAAGGACGAUGUUCCUUUGCUGAAGCGGGUCAAUAUCUCCAACUCUGAAUCGUCAUCUCAACUUCUGAUCACUUCCUCUGAGCGCUCUGAUUCAGGGAUCUACACCAUAGUGGUCAAAAAUCUAGUGGGCCAGGAGAGCUUCAGCGUGGAGGUCAGGGUUACAGAUGAUCCCAAGCCUCCAGGACCAGUAGAACUUGAGGAGAACGUCCCAAGCACUGUGACUGUGAUUUGGGAGCCAUCCCCUGAUGAGAAGCGUGACGACCACCUUCACUACUCUGUGUCUAAACGGGACUCCACCAAAGGCUCAUGGAGCACGGUGGCCGACAGGCUCUUCAACAACAAGUUCACGGCUUGUAACAUUAUGCCUGGCAGGGAGUACCACUUCAGGGUCUACGCCAAGAAUGACAUGGGCAUGUCUGCUCCGUCUGAGUCUCCCACUUGGGGAAGCGAGAGGAGGAAAGACAAAUUUGUGGUAAACAUGCCAGCCUACAAAACGUGUGAUUUGCGGACCGCUCCAGCCUUCCUUGUGCCACUGAGACAGCACACAGCACCCAAAGGCUACGAGUGCUAUAUGAGCUGUGCCAUAAAGGGAAAUCCCAAGCCUCGCGUCACUUGGUACCGCAACAACAUCAGCCUCAACACUAACACCAACUACUUGAUCACCAACAUCUGUGGUGUCUGCUCCUUGCUGAUACUCCGUGUGACCCCCAAAGACUGGGGCGAGUACAACAUCCAAAUAGAAAGUGCCCUGGGGAGGGCCGAGUCCUCCACCAAACUCACAGUCAGAGAAUGAAGAAACAUUUUACAGUGCUUCAGUGUGUAGAGGCGUUAUUAUGUAUCAAGGUGGAAAAUGUCAAUUUUGUUAUAUGAUUGAAUUAAGUUAUUUUCCAAAAUGCAUGACUGUACUGCUUGUAAGACAUGCACUGUGUUUGUUGAGGCUAGUAAGUAAAAAUGACAAGAGUGAUCGUUUUUGAUCAUUAUGUUUGAUGUGGAUAUUUCACGACCUAAAAGGACCCGAAUCGAGAUGGCAUUGACCCAACCUGGGAGUUGGAGUUUCCUAGACUUAAAUUAAUUCUGAUUCUAAAUCACUUGAGAUUACCAAAACCCUCUCCAAUUUUGUUGUAAUGUUAAACAUACUAAUUUCAUACUGAAUAAUGUUGACAUUCCGAAUAAAAACAUCCUAGAAAGUGACUGAAAGUGUACACACACACAUACAGAAAGUGUUGUGUAAAGCCUGUGGAAGUGAUGGCAAUAGACAUGAAUGCAGUGGACAGAUUACUGUAGGUCCCAUGAAAUACAAAAUAUGACCACAGAAAAUAACUGAGCUGUGCUGUCAAUUUUUUUGAGAACUCAACUAUGUCACUUGUAAGAUGCAAUGCAAAUAAAGGGUUUGGCAAA